AUGGCAAAGAAGUGGCAGAGGAUGGCGGCCAUCGGGAGGAAGAGGCUCACCCAGACCACUACAGCCGCAGAAGGAGCAGCCAAUGACGAGCGCUGUACGACUUCACCGUCGGUGGCGAUGAAGGGCCACUGUGUGGUGUACACCGCUGACAGCGUGCGGUUCGAGGUGCCGCUGGCGUACCUCAGCACCGCGGUCUUGGGCGAGCUCCUGAUGAUGUCCCAGGAGGAAUUCAGCUUUGUAGGCGGUGACGACGGGAGGAUCACACUGCCCUGCGAUGCCGCGGUCAUGGAGUAUGCCAUGUGCUUGCUCCGGAGAGAUGCUCCGUCGCGAGGCCGUGCAGCAGCUUUGGCGGCAGUGUGGUGGGCGUAGGGCUUAACCAGCAAGU